UGUAAAAGCAAACCUAAACCACAUUUGCUAGUUCUACGUAUUUGGCGCGGGAUUUCCAGUGCUAUUUUUGCUCAUUAUUUCCGGAAAAGCCCACUAGCCGCAAUGCCGAUACUUGAUAACAAGGCGUACCGGAAACAACUCCGUACGUGGAUUGGUGACCCGGCCUUGACCUUUGACCUCCUGUACAGCGCCACCAGAGACGGCUGCAAUGGUCAGGCUUUCCAUGCGAAGUGCAACAACCAAGGUCCGACUGUUUCUGUUGGUCAGAACAGCGCUGGCUACGUCAUAGGGGGAUACACAAGCAUCGCGUGGACAUCACGCGGAAAUUAUUUUAAUGAUGACCGUGCAUUUUUGUUCCAGUUCUUACCAAACAUGGUAAAGUUUGUUCCCAAUGGGAACGUGAAUGGUGUUUAUGACAACGCCAACUAUGGCCCCACGUUUGGAGGUGGUCACGAUCUGUUGUUCUUUUAUAAUUCGUACAAUAAAUCUGGUGCUUAUUUCAACACAAAUGGUUACUGUCAGAUCGGUAGCACUUAUAAUGCCAAUGGUUACAACGCCCAAACAUUUACUGGCAACAACAACGCCUAUCUCGACAUUGAAGUGUACGCCGUAAAACAGGGAAAUCUGGAAGAUGAAUUAUAUGAGAAAGAUAAACCGUGGCGCAAAACUGACAUUAACGACUGGAAUAAUAAGACUAAAGACAAACUUUUUGAUGAAUUGGUGUCGUUCUCCACUCCAAGCCCGGCCAAAGUGCCCGCCGUACGGCUCCUCCUGGUGGGCAGUGUGGGGGCGGGGAAAUCCAGUUUCUUUAACACAGUGCGCUCUGUGUGGAAAGGCAAAGUCCGCAGCCAGGCGGCGACCGGUACAGCACCCCAUAGCCUCACAACCAAGUGUGGAAUCCUGCAUAAAUUCCACAUUGUGUAG